AACGCAGCCAGUUGGACGCAUCGCGCGCGCCUUUCCGAACGUGUGCCGGGAAAUAAACGUCAAAAAAAGUUAAAACGUCAUAAAGCGCGCGAAAAAUCGGAACUAGUGACGUGUGGUAUUUUUUUUUCGUGUUGUGAAAUAAUGGGUCAAUGACGUUCCCUUUUUCAGUUUUGUUUGCACAAUAAAACUAUUAUGAUAAGUGUAUGAAGAUGUCUAAAUUUGUGAAGAGUGUAAAGAAGUGGAGUGGCGUGUCCAGGCCGAGCAGCCAGGAGCUGAACCGCAGCCAGUACUCGCUGGUGUCCUGCGGCGAGCUGACUGCGGAGGCCAUUCAGCUGUGGCUCGGCUUACCUAAGAAGAUCAAAUAUGACCCUGAGCUGGCACCCUUCAGACAACGAUACGAAAAGGAAUUCGGUAACCUAGAGAACAUCCCGUUGUCUUCCAACCAGUCAUCCAAUGGCUCCGCGCCUGAGACGAAGCGUCUGCCCCUCGUGAAGUCCGCGCCGCACCUCAACAAUAACAAUAUCAAAACUCUAUCAGCCAAUGAUGUUGGUGUUAAUAUUAAAGACCCUGAAAAAGCUAAUAAUUUCGGCAAACAUGACGAAAAGGAGGAGAAGGCACAAACACGAAAGCAACCAACGAAGAUGUCCAAGGCAAGGCACUACGUGAAGAUGAUGCUGCUAAUCGCCGCCUGGAUCUUCUUCACAAUUGUGUUCAUGCUGUACAAUGAAAAAGAGGAAAUCAAAAGAAACACAUUUGUAGGUCCUGGAGAAAUCAAAGAUUAUUUUUUCAACGCAUCUGAUAUGGAGAAUCUAUCGGUGCUGGUAAAAUUAUCUGGUCCAUUUCUACCGGAGCACAUGGAGAAACAUUUGAACUCUACUGAACUUGAGACCGCGGAGAAGAUGACUGUGUGGCUAGAGAGAUGGACGGCGAGUGAUGGGCCUCCUGCUAUGUCAAAGAAUAAAGAAGUAACGGCAUCCGACAAAUGGUCUGUUUUACUACAAGAAGAUAGAUAUCUAGACUUCAGUCAAGGGGAGCGUCGUACAUCAACAAUUGUGUUAGGAAAGAAUACUCCAAGUUCUAAUUCCACGUCCGUUCACACUAUACGAAUGCAGACCACGUCUAAGCAAACGAUACCUCUGACUGUUAGCUACACGGUAAAUCCGAUAGAUGUCGCCAGUGGGGUCACCUACGCCUGUCUGCUGCUCUGCAGUUUGUACGUGCUCAUCAUAUUUGAGAUAAUAAACCGCACAAUGGCGGCCAUCAUCGUGUCGUCAAGCUCUCUGGCGGUGCUGGCGCUGGUGGGGGAGCGGCCCUCCGUGCCAGAGCUGAUCUCCUGGCUGGAUGUGGAGACGCUGCUGCUGCUCUUCAGCAUGAUGCUGCUUGUCGCCAUCACUGCUGAGACCGGCAUAUUUGAUUUCCUUGCUGUGUUCACGUUUGAAGUGACGAGAGGCAAGUUAUGGCCGUUGAUAUCGCUGCUCUGCGCCAUCACGGGCCUGCUUUCCACUUUCCUCGACAACGUCACCACCGUCCUCCUUAUGACACCAGUCACCAUCAGGUUAUGUGAAGUGAUGAACUUAGACCCGAUCCCUAUCUUGAUGUCGAUGGUGCUGUUCAGCAACAUCGGAGGCACGGCCACGCCCGUCGGGGAUCCCCCCAACGUAAUCAUCGCCUCCAACAAAGCUGUUGUACAAUCUGGUAUAAACUUCACGAACUUCACGCUGCACAUGACGCUGGGCAUAGUGCUGGUGUGUGUGCAGACGUACUUCCAGCUGCGCUACAUCUACAGGGACACCAGCAAGUUGCGGCUCAACGUGCCCAGGGAUAUACAAGAUCUUCGUCACCAGAUAUCGAUCUGGCGUCGUGCGAUCGAAUCCCUGCCGCAUUUGAGCCAGGACCAGCAGGUGGUGCGGGAGAGGCUGGAGAGGAAGGUCGCCAAGCUGAACCUUAAGCUGACCGCGCUGGAAAAGGAGAGCAUCAAAAGGGUGUUCCCAAAGGAGACUUUCCAGAGUACACUAGUGGAGUUGAAAGAGAAGUACAAGAUCCGUGACAAGGCGCUCCUCAUCAAAGCCUCGAUUGCGAUCAGUUUUGUUGUGAUCGUCUUCUUUCUGCACUCCAUACCUGAGCUCAACCGCGUGUCCCUGGGCUGGACGGCGCUGCUCGGCGCCAUCCUGCUGCUGACGCUGGCAGACCGCGAGGACUUGGAGCCGAUACUGCAUCGUGUGGAGUGGUCCACGCUGCUGUUCUUCGCUUCCUUAUUCGUCUUGAUGGAGGCGUUAUCGAAGCUAGGUCUAAUAGAAUUUAUCGGCAGUCUCACAGAAUCAAUUAUUCUCAAAGUGGAUGAAAGUGCCAGAUUGGCUGUAGCACUUUUGUUGAUGUUAUGGGUGUCAGGGGUGACGUCGGCGUUUGUCGACAACAUCCCGCUGACUACGAUGAUGGUGCGCGUCGUCACCACACUGGGGUCUAACCCCCAGUUGGGACUGCCUAUGGCACCUUUGAUUUGGGCCCUGUCAUUCGGAGCCUGUUUGGGAGGCAACGGCACUCUGAUCGGCGCGAGCGCCAACGUGGUGUGCGCCGGCGUGGCGGAGCAGCACGGCUACCGCUUCUCCUUCCUGCACUUCUUCCGCGUCGGCUUCCCCGUCAUGAUCGGCCACCUCUUCGUCGCCUCGCUCUACCUCCUCCUCUGCCACUGCGUCUUCACCUGGCACUAGCAUUACAAACAAGAUAAAUUAAGUAUCCUGCGUAACAUUUGUAUUUUCUGAAGUGACCACCCUCACCCUUUGAUGUGUUUAGGAAUACACAAUCUUUUUCGGAACUCUAAUUUUUUACACGUGAAUUCCGUUGUCGGAAUUUUUUAUAUCAAAACAUCCCGCCUUCUCAAUUAUAUCGAACAAGUGAGUCAAAAUGUUAUGUAACAUUGUUUCGACAGUGUAAACCCACGGUUAUGUUGUAGUAUAAAACAAUCGUCAACAUUUGUCUGCUACAGUUUGAAACUGUUCUGUUAUGGCUAAAGAACGGUUAUGUCAUAUUUUAAAUUAAUGAUUUACUUAUUAAUAUUUAUUUCUAUAUGUUAAUUCGUUGUUAUAUCGUAUACGGUUAAAGUAUCUUAGUAUGUAAUACUAUUUGAUAAAAUAUUAAAGUACAAAAUAAGAAAUGUGUUGAAAACUGUGAUAAUUUUGUUAUUUUGGUACUUAACAAACGCACGUUGAAAACUUUAACAAUUUUUGAAUAAGAAAACGAAUAAUAU